AUCGUUAUAGAAUUAUAUGAUGGAAACAUGUCGGUUGCUUCUUUCGUUGGGGUGUCAGGGCAUAGUUUGUUGUCGGGGGUUGUGGCGGAAUGUACACACACGCACACCCUGACAGAACGAAGGGGGCUGGGCCGACGCAUGCGUUCCGAACGAGAAGGGGGUUACUUGACGUCAACGGUUUUGGGGCUACAAUGGGGGGCGCGAGUGUAGAGAGGAGACCUCUAAGCGGAGCAGAAAAAAUGCAGGUGCAAGUGUGAAUAGCCGGGGACUAGGUGGACGAGCACGGGUCCCCCCCUUCGCGGCUGCGACCUACCACUUCUUCUUAUUCUUGUUCUUCUUAGCACUCUUAUCCCUCUUCUUCUACCUACCGGUUCAAUUUACCCCGGCGACGUUGUACAACGAGCCGAUGCACUUGCUUCAUGUUUUAGUCUUACCAAUAUCGAACCGGACAAGCGCAUUGCGAUUGUAUAACUUAGAAUCGGAGCAUGAGUCUACAACUGUAGGCUAUGGUAUAUAACUAACGUGGUGAUGUGAUAUGAAAGAGCAUGAGGAGGAGACCGUCGCGGCGACUCCUCUCGCGGUGUGUAGGCGUGAAGAAGAUGCAUCUGUUAUGUUGAGUGCUGAGUUACCUGAGCGGGAAGCAGGAAUCGAGGAGUUACGACAAAGAGCAUCCAAGAGGAAAAUAUGGCAGAGCAGCCCAGCAUCGAAGCCCAGAUCGAUUGUUUUUUAGAACAAUUCAAACUUAGUGCUUCCAAAGUCAUGGAAGAGAGUAGCGCCGUAAUAAGGUCGCGCAGUUCCUACCUGGACAACGAUCUGCCCGAUGACCCAGAGACACCGUUUGAGGAAAUAGAGAUGCAGAGCGCGGUCCAACUUGAGCCUCUUGGUGUUCACGAUGUGGCCGACCUUUUGCACCCCCAAUACGCAAUCGUGACGGGUGGCAAGUCCAAGGAUGGAUGCCCCUUGAUAACCUUCCCUGACCAAAACAAUUUCCAUGCCCUUACGGACACGGAGUACCAACGCUUAAUGUUAUAUUUAACCUCUGUACCUUCUUUGCAAGAGGCGGAUCUGGGCUUCCAUUUGAUUAUAGACAGGAGAAAAGAUAGGUGGAAUUCAGUGAAAACAGUAUUGUUGAAAAUUUCUGUAUAUUUUCCUGGGUUAAUACAUGUCGUAUAUGUGAUACGUCCGGCUAGUUUUCUACAGAAAGCUUUAUCCGAAGUUAGUUAUAAAUGGUUUAAAGAUGAGUUUAAAUUUCGAAUGGUGGUUCUGAGUACGGAGGAGGAGUUGCACGAGCACGUAGACGCCAGUCAAUUGACUGAAGAUUUGGGAGGAUCUUUGGACUAUAGCCACAAUGAAUGGAUCCAGCAGAGAGUCGCUCUGGAGAAGUUCUCAGCGCGUACCCAUGAAGUAUCGAACGCGCUGGAUGAGUUUACCAAGCGCAUCAGUGAAACCGAGCUACCAAACAACGUGGACUCGACCCAGCAGUUGCUCAAUCAACAAACCCAGGAAUAUUCCACGCUCAAGGACGGUAUCCUAACAGCCGCCAAGCAUGGAGAAGGGCUGUUAAGUACUAUUAGGGAGAAAUCGACAACUAAUCAGGACUCGACCUUCAACCAUUCGCCAGAUACCAUUGGGAAUGUGUUCACCGUUGAGAGGUUGCUAGUGCAACUGGAGGAAACUGAAAGGACAUUCGAUGAGUUUUGGGGUCAGCACUCAACGAAGCUUAGACACUGUUUGGAUCUGCGACGCUUCGAGCAGGACUUUCGCGAGCUUCAAGCGAACUUCGAUCAGCAUUUGAAGAUCGUCUCCGAGAUGACCGAAAUCGGAGAUACAGUGUCCAGGGUGGAAACGCUGAUGCGCGAGACGUCGGCCUUCCAGAAACUCUGCAUUGCUGACAUCGAGCGUGGGGAAGAGGUCAUUGCAUCUGGUCAUCAAUUAUUGAAAAUUAAGAAUUCCUGUCCGCUCGAGUGCGUCGAGCCGAAAUGCAAUGAACUUAUGAGAGUGCGAGAUAUCCUGACCGGCAGAUUGGAUAAACGGCUGGAAACCUUGGUCAAAUGCAGGGACCUAAUGGAGCAAAUUGACAAAGCGAACCAGUGGUGCGCCAAAUGCAUCGACCUACUGGCCUCUCAAGGUAUAGAGAAGUGCACCAGCUCCGUGGAACUCGCCGAGCGCUCGCUCAACGAACUCCAAGAAUAUCUAGCCUCAGCGGAUGAGUUCAAUCUGAGUACAGCUAAAAACUUUGAGCAGAUUUUCCAGGAGUCAUGCACGCUCGAAACCAAAGCCCUCGUGACUCAGGUCCUCCAAAGAAUAUAUGACGUAAAUUUGAUGUGCGAGAAGCGCAUUUCUAGUCUCAAGAAGGUCACACGUCGGCCACCUAGGCCUAUCCAAGCCGUCACCCCAGAACCCGCAGUACCUAGGCAACCUUCGAUAGGUGCACCCAUUCCCCAGAAGCAUCACCAGAAGAAAAAGAUGGACUCAAGCGCUGGGACGAAUUCGAUUUCGGGCGAAUCCACGGACGCGACGUCCCCGGAUUUCGAUCCUGCCCAGGACGAGAUCAAUAAAGUGAAGCAGGGCCACGUGAUAGCCGAGCUCCUGGAAACGGAAAGGGUCUACGUGGCAGAGUUAGCUGUCAUCAUAAAAGGUUACAAAAUGGAGGCGAGCGCAAAAGAGAUGCAGCAUCUGCUACCGGCAGGACUCCUGGAAAAACUGGACGUGAUCUUCGGUAACAUCGAGGAGAUAUACAAUUUCCAUGCGAAUAUGUUCCUGAAGGACCUCGAGAACUGUAUCUCGUCCAUCGACCUGGUCUCUCUCUGCUUCGUCCAGCGGAGGGAUCUUUUCUAUCAGCUGUACAGUUACUAUUGCCAAAACAUCCCACGCUCCGAGCAAUACCGCGAGACUCUGGCGGAGAACAACCAGUUUUUCCUAGCGUGCCAACGCAAAUUGGGCCAUAAGCUGCCUCUAGCCGCUUACCUGCUGAAACCGGUCCAGCGCAUUACCAAAUACCAACUACUGCUCGCCGAUCUCCUAAAAUACUCCGAUGAGUCAAACGGCAGUAAGGAACUUCAGAACGCCGUGGAUUCCAUGCUAAUCGUGCUGAAAUGCGUGAACGAUAGUAUGCUCCAGAUAUGCAUAACCGGAUUUCCGAUUGACUUAUCGCAGCAGGGUGAUCUGUUGCUGCAAGGAUCCUUUUCCGUCUGGGCAGAGAACAAGAAAGAUAUCAGGCUACGGAUAAAACCAAUGCAGCGGCAUAUCUUUCUCUACCAAAAAGUCAUGCUCUUCUGCAAGGCCCCGACCAAGUCCGUGCACAAUAAGACGAAUUUUCAAUUCAAACAUUACCUGCAAAUGUCGCAGAUAGGUCUUACGGAAUCGGUCAAAGGGGACGUCAAGAAGUUCGAGGUGUGGCUGCAAGGGAGGCAGGAGGUGUACACAAUACAAGCGACGAAUGUAGAUCAAAAACAGGCAUGGGUGAAUGAAAUCAAAAGGGUGCUGAUUAGUCAACUGGAGGAGCUCAAGGGCGAAAAGACGAAACAGUACUCCUCGCAUACGCAACCUCACAAGCACCUCCGCCAAACGGCUUCAUGGGAAACUAGGCACAAUGUAACCAAUACAGAUGCACCAACUAGAACGCUUAGUUGCGACGACACCAGGAGUAACAUAGAGGAUGAAACAUUAGAAGCUGUGGAAGGUAGUAGUUGGUCCUCGGAUUGCAGUAACAGCGAAGACGAAGAUUCUGGAAAUACACCCAUACCUAGCGGAAGGCAUGUAGCUCUUGCUGAUUAUUGUGCUGUCGGUAGCAGCGAAGUUAGUAUGAGAGAAGGCGACAUUGUUGAAUUAUUAAAGAUCGGUUGCGCCGGAUGGUGGUUCGUUAAAGUGAUCGGAACGACGACGGAAGGGUGGGCACCAGCUGCGUACCUGGAAAGCGUCCACAGGAAGACUUCCAGAAGCAGCAGCAGAAGUCAGGAUAGACUCAACGACCACUGAGCACGAUUAGCGGAACCUUAAGCCAACAUGUGAUUUAAUUUUUAAGUUUGCCUUAGUUUAAACUAACGAGAUAUAUGAUGAAAGGGGGAUUUCAGUAAUGAAGGGAUUAAACCGACAAAAGAUAAACAAAGACUGUGCGCGCUCCAAAAGUUACGUUUCUCGAACAUUUUAUUUUUUUUUUCAUUAAGUUUUGUUUAUUUUUUAUUUUAUUAUUACUAUUAUUAUUUUCUUUUGUUUCGUCGACUGAUUUAUAUUAUAUAAUACGGUUUUUAAUAUUAAUAUUUAUUAUUUUAAUUUGAAGCCUUCACCGCGGGGGCCGUACUUAAAACUGUAUCGGAGGUCCUCCUCGACCUGUAGUUGUAGAGGUCCUCUCGAGAGGAUUCAUUAUGUGAUGAUCGAACCGGAGUUAUUAUUUUGGAGUAAAAAAAUAUACAGUCGAUUCCGCUUAAUUUGGACAACCCCAUAUUAGGGACAAAUCCUAAAGAACGGAAACAAAACUGAGCAAAUAACAAAUGGAACUUCGGAUAAUUGAGUCAGCCGCUGUGUCCCGAUAAAGCGAAAUCGACUGUAUAUAUAUUUAAAUAUAUGAAUAGUCAAUACAUAUACUAUAUGAAGUCAAUGGGCAGAGCUGCUGUGUGCGAUUUCCAUGCUAAAACAAAUCUAUAUAUUUAUAUGGAGAUCCUGAAAAGAAAAUAUAAAAUAAGGAAAUUUCCGCUCUCAGAUCCUAGCUUGUAAGUGAAAGUGAUGGGAAACGGAAAGGGCGUGCGCAUUUUUCUUUCGUGUUCCUUAGAAUGCAGGUACAAAAAAA